CCUGAGUGGAGCGCUGAUGUAUUGAGUGAGGGGCGGAGGUGUGUGCAUUGGCUGGUGUGUCAGGAGGGUGCCUGGGCGUGACUGUCACAUGUCGCCACUGUGACAGGCGGCAGUUUGACACCUUCGCUUCACCCAGAAAGACGCACACAAAUCAGCCUGUAAAUAUCUCUGGACCUGCAUGAGACGGACGGCAAUGGCGACCGGUGACAGCCAGGCAACUUUGGACUCAUUGCUCAUCCAGGCCACAGACCCAAACAAUCAGGAGGACAGAUGGGACUGCAUCCAGCGCUUCUACCAGCUCGUCAACCAAGAGGCUGACGGCCCACAAGAAGCCAUUCGUCUUCUUGCCCAUAAAAUCCAAUCGCCACAGGAGAAAGAGGCUCUGCAGGCUCUUACUGUUCUCGAGGCAUGUAUGAACAACUGUGGAAAGAGGUUUCACAGCGAGGUUGCCAAGUUUCGCUUUCUCAAUGAGCUCAUCAAAGUCUUAACACCAAAGUACUUUGGUGCGUGGACUCCGCAGAAAGUUAAAGACAGAGUGACGGAGGUCCUCUACGGCUGGACUCUUUGGCUUAAAGAAGAACCCAAGAUUCAGGAAGCCUACUGCAUGCUCAAGAAACAAGGUAUUGUGAAGAAAGAUCCCAAACUGCCAGACACAGUUAUAAUGGCGCCUCCACCACAAAGAACCACAGAAUCUGUUUUUGACCAGGAGGACAAGGCCAAGCUAUUAGCAAGAUUAUUGAAAAGUGCCCGUCCUGAAGACCUGGAAACUGCCAACAGACUCAUUAAAAGUACCAUCCAAGAGGAGCAGGAGAAGGCAGAGAAAGUGUCAAAGCGUGAAUCUACUCUGAAGGAGGUGGAGAGCAGCACCAAACAGCUCAGAAAACAACUGGACCAGCACACAAUCACUGGAACCUUGUUACAGCCGAGUGAUGACAUGAAGACCCUGUUCGAGCGCUGUGAUCGGCUGAGGCCCAGCUUGUUCCGCCUGGCCAGCGACACGAUGGACGAUGACGCAGGUCUGGCACAGAUCCUGGCGGCCAACGACGAGUUAACACUUGUAGUAAAUGCCUACAAAGAGAAAGUGGGGAGGAGAGAGUGUAACGGUGGAAGAGAAAGAAGUAAAAGUGAGGAAGAAAUGGAGGGUAAAAAUAAUGCUCCAAGGAGUCCCAGAGAGAUUAAAAGUUACCACCUCAUCGACCUGUCAGCACUGGACUCUCCACAGACACACAGAAAAGCUGAUUCACCACUGUCCUCUUCACCCAUGUUUUCCUCUCUUCUGGAAAGUACCUUCCACUCAGUGGCUGACCAGGACUUUAAUGGAUUAGAGUUAGAUAAUCUGGUCCCAAAACAGACUCAGGAGACUUCAAGGUCGUAUUAUGAAGAACUGUUGCAGCUUAAUGGAGACAUUCAGAUGAAGAAUGCUGAGCAGAAUGGAGGGAGAGGCCUGUUGUUGAGAGCCCGUGGAUGUGGGGGGAACGGUGCUACAUCAAAUGGGACUAACAUUUGGUCACUUCCUCACAAUCAGCAGUUUCCAGGGUCCGGAUCACUCAACGAAGUGUUGGGAUCUCCAGAGAAAUUGCAGGAGAGCUUGUGUCCCCCACAAGUCCUGAAAAACAUCUUUGUUCCAAUGGAGACCAUCAAAUCCAGUAAUCUUGAGCCAAUCACUUUAUAUGAUCAGGGCGGUAUCCAUGUCUCCCUCCAUUUUGCCAAAGACUCUCCACCGGGUCAUCCAGGUGUUGCUGUGGUCGUCAUCUCCACAGUGAACACAUCUGCCUUUGACGUGAAAGACUUCCUGUUUCAAGCUGCUGUCCCAAAGACCAUGUUAGUGAAACUUCAGCCUGCCUCAGGGACACACCUACCUCCUUACAACCCUCUUCUGUCUCCGCCUGCCAUCUCCCAAAUCCUCCUAUUGGCUAAUCCUCAGAAGCGAAAGGUGCGUCUACGCUACAAGUUGACUCUGACACAUGGAGACCAACAGCUGAGCGAGACCGCAGAGAUUCACAACUUUCCUGACUGGACCUCUUUGAUUGGCUACUAAAAACCUCUUUAGACUCGGAUUUAAAAAAAAAACAAACAAACAAAAACUCUGGACCUGGUCUGCACGGGACCUGAAAUCUCGAUUUUGAAGUUUUAAAGUGAAUCCAGAAAGAAAAACUCAACAACACAAGGUGCCUGCAGUCGAUCCUCAUGAGGUAAACAAACACCACAACAAUCAAAUAUUCAAGUCAAGUCUAUCCUUUCUGCAUUUUAUAACAUAGUAACAUGAUGCAAUAAUGAUUCAAUAAUCAUUUAAGAUUUAUAUUACUCUAAAAAGGUGAGUAAACUCUAUUUCACAUAAAAAUGUUAACAGUUCAGGUGGGUUCGGUACAUCCCUGAUUGAACCUGAUUCAGAUGUUCUGCUGUUGUCUUAUGACCGCUGCCUCCUGCCUGUUGUUAAACUGCAGUUUGAUAAGACAGUUUGUUUACUGUAACCAUGUGUAGUAUGCUGACAUGUAGCUUGUUACAUGACUGAAUAUGAAAUUUGGUAUUUAUUUGCUUUUGUGCAUUUGUGACAUUCAAAAUUCCCAAAGUGCCUUAAGAUGGAAGAUGUUUGUGCUUUUAAUAUGUAUUUAUUUUAAGAAUGAGGUUCCCUUAAGGAAUGUAUGUAUGCGUGAGAAACCUUUUUGAAGGAUUUGUAUUUGUGUGUAUUUUGCUGUGCUUUUUUUUUUAGGUUGUAAAAUUGCUGAUAAAUGUAAUGGUACCAUUACUCUGAUGUCACAUUUUAUACAAGUUGGUGGCCUGACAGCUCUAAGCACUGCAACUUAAAACACAAGCAAAUGAAAGAAAGAUCUUCACCACUAUGGCAAAAACAUAGGCAGCAUUAAAAAAAAAAAAGGGAAACAAAUGUAAAUAUAUAUAUAUUAUAAGCACAAGCAAAUUUAAAAAACACUUUUUCAAAUUUGACAACACAUGUGGCCUAAAAGAAAUGCGCUGCAGAUACAGAAAACACAAGCAAAUACAGAAAUGCUACGACUUCCAACACAACAGAAAUUUACACAGGACAGUAAAAACUGAUGAAUUACAUCGACUGCUCAAUAAUGAUGUUCAAAAACUAGCAAAGAAUGUUUAUUUUAGUUUUAACAACAGAUACCCACUUCACCUAUUUGUUGCCUUUUACUAAUUAGUACUAUGUUCAUCAGUGUUUACUGGUUGCAUUAUAUUCAGUUUGCAAUAUAACUGCCUGCAUGUUAUCAUGUAGUGGGAGGAAGUGGGGGCUCUUAUUGUGAAAAAACAGGAAGUUUUGUUGUUGUGAACAUGGCAGUCGCCAAUAAAGUAGUUGUUGGAUAACUUCAAAAGGUUCUCUUCCUGUCGAAUAACAUUGGUAUUUUCACACUUCCUCCCCAAUACAUGAGAACAUGUAAACCCUUACACAGGAAGUUAUUUGGCUAACUGAAUAUAAUGCAACCAGUAUUAAAAUAUUAUUAUAUUAUAUAAGCAUAUUAACAUUUAAUACCCCCCAGAAACUUCUGUUGUUUGUGACUUUCUAAUUUGCUUGUUUUAUUUUUUUCAGUCAUGAAGAUAAUUUAUUAAGUUGCUUGUGUUUUCAUCAAGUUUCAGUGUGUUGAGCUCUCUCAGCCACCGUAGAUUUGAGACUGUUGUUAACUCGAUCUAAGUUACUGUUAAUUUCACGACCAGAUCAGUGUUUUCUCAUGAGUUGUUUUAUACUAUGAAAAUUAUUAAUAUGAGCCCAGCGCAACAAAUCCAGUGCUUAAUCAUUUCUAAGUGUCAGCUUUAAACAAGUUCAAAACAGGCUGCACUUUGUCAGAAGAUUUCAAAGCCACUUGACUUAAAGCCAAUUUGAAUGUUUUAUUUGAAUGCUUGUCUGCCUAUUGUCUGUCAGUCCAACAGUGUGUUGCUCUGUCAAAUGUCAUCAAUAAAUACAAAUGCAAUCUGUAA